AUGAGCCCCAGGGUGGCGAGCACGAUCGACGUCCUUCCCAAUCGGAUUCGGCAUAGACCCACGGCAUCGGCAUCAAAACAAGACUUUAUCAUCGACACAAAUCCGAUGAAAUGGGACACCAUCGACGAUGGGCGAGUCGAGGCAGACGACUACCUGCACGACCCGCGACAGAGCAUCGAUGAAAAAGGCGCUUCACACCUCUUUACCCCGUCUGGUUUCCCGAAGCGGGCCGUCAUGAACGUCGGUGUCCUCGUCCUCAUUUCUGCAAGCCUGAUGGCGCUGUUUGGAGCCUAUCCGAUCAUUGCACACUAUACCCGCGCCGCGACAAGCAAAAAGGGCGGCUUCAACCUCGGCGGCACCAACGCAACGGGCCAGAUUGCAGACUUGCCUCUGCCGGACCUCAUCGACAAAGACACGCCGACGGACGCAUACACGAGGACCGGCCUGGGUGACGGCAAGGAAUACAAGCUCGUCUUCAGCGACGAGUUCAACGUCGACGGCCGCAGCUUCUACCCAGGCGAUGAUCCCUUCUGGGAAGCCGUCGAUCUCCACUACUGGGCCACUAAUAAUUACGAAUGGUACGACCCGGCGGCCGUCACGACCAAGGACGGCAAGCUGCGGAUCACGCUGAGCCAGACGCCCGAGCACAACCUCAACUUCCGCGGAGGCAUGCUCCAGUCCUGGAACAAGUUCUGCUUCACCGGUGGCUACCUCGAGGCCAGUGUCCAGCUGCCCGGACAGGCAGACGUGGCUGGUCUCUGGCCCGCUUUCUGGACCAUGGGCAACCUUGGCCGGGCUGGCUACGGCAGCAGCCUCGAGGGAACCUGGCCCUACUCCUACGACGCCUGCGACGUCGGCACACUUCAGAACCAGACGACCGUCGACGGCACCCCGGUCAGCUCGCAGACCGGUGGCGACGUCCCCUUCAACCGGAAGCACGGCUCCAACGCACUCUCCUUCCUCGCUGGCCAGCGUCUCUCGGCUUGCACAUGCCCCCAAGAUUACCCAGCGCUCCACCCCGGUCCCCUUUUACCCGACGGGACGCUGCGAGGACGUUCGGCCCCGGAAAUCGAUGUCUUCGAGGCGCAGGUCAGCAGCGCAAAGAAAAUGACAGUCUCGCAGUCGGGCCAAUGGGCGCCUUUCAAUGACCACUACAACGUCAAGAAUACAACGGCCGACGGGCCGGCAUUCACGAUGUACCAGGAGUCAUCCCAUUUCAACACGUACACGGGCGAGCUGACCCAACAGAGCACAAGUACCGUCACCGACGCUUCGCAGCUCGCGCUCCAGUACGGAGGCGACGACAGCUUUGCCGUCUACGGCAUGGAGUACCAGCCCGGCCAUGACGGCUACAUCGAAUGGGUUUCGGAUGGGCAACCGUCGUGGAGGCUCAAUAAGGCAGCCCUGGUGGCAGACCCUAUUUCGCAAAUCUCGGCACGUCCGGUCCCACAGGAGCCCAUGUACAUCAUUUUCAACCUCGGUGUCUCGCAGAACUUCGGCACCGUUGAGUGGAAGAAGCUCGAAGCGCUCUGGCCUGCCGUCAUGAGUGUCGAUUGGGUGCGAGUCUACCAGCCGUCGGACGCCAUCAACAUUGGUUGCGACCCACCAGACUUCCCGACGAAGGACUUUAUCAAUCGCCAUGCAGAAGCCUACUCGAACAUCAACCUGACACUGUGGGGGAACACAGCGGCCGAAGGAGGCUAUGAAGAAUACUGGCCUCGCAACAAGCUCAAUCCGAACGCAUGCCAGGCCGAGUUGAGCAAGCUGCCUGGCUCCCCCACCAACCCCAAAGCAAAGGCGCCCGCUCUCAAGUCAAGCGAGAUCGCAAAGGGUGAGGACUAG